AGUUGUGGACUCUUGAGUCAAAACGCAGCGUGUCAUGCGUUUGGCGCCUAUUCUCUCACUCUCUCCCCAGCAGAAAAAACACGGAGAGUUCCGAUCGGCGUUUCCAGAUCUUUUCUAGGGUUUUCGCACUUCUUGUGCUUGUAAUCGUGCCGAUUAUUAUUCUCCACAAUGCAUUCUCCGGAAUUGGCCAAUCCUCUGAAGCGAAGUUUCGACGAGAUGAACUUGAAACGCGACGCAGACGAUGAUUCGAAUCCACCGCCAUCGCCAUUGCCAUCUUCAUCGUCUUCUUCCAAGGAGCUCAGUCCAAGAAGCUAUCAGUGGAAGGUGUUCGAAGUCGCGAAGCGGCGGAACACGAUUGCGGUGUUGGACACUGGGACUGGGAAGACAAUGAUCGCUUUGAUGUUGAUUAGGGAGAUAGGUCAAGCUGUGAAGGCUGAUGGCCGUAAAUUAUUCAUUAUUUUCUUGGCUCCUACUGUUCAUCUGGUUAAUCAGCAAUUUAAAGUUAUAAAGGACAGUACAGGUUUUGAAGUUGAAGAAUACUAUGGAGCCAAGGGGGUUGAUGAAUGGAGUGCAAAGUCCUGGGAGAAGGAAAUUAGUGAGCACGAUGUACUUGUUAUGACACCCCAGAUCCUAUUAGAUGCCUUGAGGAAAGCAUUCUUAAGUCUGGAAACAGUAUGCUUGAUGAUAGUUGAUGAGUGCCAUCGUGCCACUGGUAACCAUCCCUAUACAAAAAUAAUGAAGGAAUUUUAUCACAAAUCUGUCGACAAGCCAAAGAUUUUUGGAAUGACAGCAUCACCUGUAAUUAGAAAAGGUGUCUCAUCUUCUAUGGAUUGUGAGAAUCAAAUAUCAGAACUUGAAAGCAUUUUGGACUGCCAGAUUUAUACUAUUGAGGACAGGACAGAACUGGAAGUAUUUAUUCCUUCUGCAAAAGAAAUCAAUAGAUUUUAUGAUGCAUCUCAGUUUCACAAUUUGGAUUUGAAAGCAAAGCUAAAAUCUUCAUGGUCCAAGUUUGACAAUUUGUUGCUAAAUUUGCAAGGGUCACCAAUGACUCAGUACAAAGACAUGGAUGAUAAACUUAAGGCAUUGCGGAAACGCUUGUCCAAUGAUCAUGCAAAGAUCUUGUAUUGCCUGGAUGACCUUGGACUCAUAUGUGCUUAUGAGGCUGUUAAAGUCUGUAUAGAGAAUGUUUCAAAUGCUCAAGAGGAAUUUGAAUUUUAUAGACAAAGUUCUUCCCAGUGUAAAUGUUUUCUUCAGGAGGUUUUGGGCAUCAUUGGGGGAUAUCUGCCACAUGGUGAUGGAAAUUAUUUGAAUUCUGAAUCUGACAUUCUAAAGGCAGUAGAUAAGGGUUAUAUAACUCCCAAAUUACAUGAACUCCUUCAACUUUUCCAAUCCUUUGGAGUAGCUAGGAAAGUAUUGUGCCUCAUUUUUGUAGAGAGAAUCAUAACAGCUAAAGUAAUCGAAAGAUUCAUUAAGAAAAUUAUAUACUUAUCACAUUUCACGGUUUCAUAUUUAACUGGGAGUAAUUCAUCGGUCGAUGCACUUGCACCAAAGGCGCAAAGGGAAACCUUGGAAUCAUUUCGCUCUGGGAAGGUUAACCUAUUAUUUGCAACUGAUGUGGUUGAGGAGGGAAUUCAUGUGCCAAACUGCUCCUGUGUUAUUCGUUUUGACCUACCGAAGACUGUUCGUAGUUAUGUCCAAUCACGAGGACGAGCUCGGCAAAGUGAUUCCCAAUUUAUCAUCAUGCUUGAGAGGGGAAACACAGAGCAAAGGGAUCAAUUGUUUGAUAUCAUCAGGAGUGAGUAUUCCAUGACGGAUACUGCUACAAAUAGAGACCCUGAUGGGUACACCUUGAAAGCAUACACUAUUGAGGAAAUGGAUUCAUAUUUUGUGGAUUCGACUGGUGCAUCUGUCACUGCAGAUUCUAGUGUCAGUCUUAUUCAUCGAUAUUGUGAAAAGCUUCCAGGAGAUAAGUACUUCACUCCUAAGCCAUUUUUUCAUUUCACAUAUUUGGAAGGGAUGUAUGAGUGUAAAUUAACAUUACCUCCUAAUGCGGCUUUUCAAACAAUUAUUGGUCCUGGGAACAAGAAUUCUCAUUUAUCAAAACAGCUAGUAUGCUUGGAAGCAUGUAAGAAGCUUCAUCAAAUGGGGGCUCUCGAUGAUCAUCUUCUCCCUUAUGUUGAAGAGCCUUCAGAAAAUGAUAUCAUUGUAAAAAGCAAAGGAUCAGCUGCAGGUGCAGGAACAACAAAAAGGAAAGAAUUACAUGGGACAACUCAAACUUGUGCAUUAUCUGGAACUUGGGGAGAUAAAAUUGAUGGGGCCAUUUUCCAGGCCUAUAAAAUAGAUUUCUCCUGCAAUAUUGUUAAUGAGCUGUAUUCGGGAUUUGUUCUUUUGAUUGAAUCAAAACUGGAUGAUGAUGUGGGAAAUAUUGAAAUGGAACUCUACUUGAUCUCCAAGUUUGUCAGAACAUCUGUUUCUUCAUGCGGUCAAGUGUCUCUAGAUGCAGAACAGGUGAUGAAAGCAAUGCGCUUCCACGAAUUGUUCUUUAACAGUCUGUUUGGGAGAUUGUUUAUUGGAUCAAAAUCAUCUGGAGUGCGAAGAGAAUUUUUACUUAACACACAACAAAAAUCAUUAUGGAGCUCAUCAAACAUGUAUUUGCUGUUACCAAUUGAGUCAUCAAACAUUCCAAGUGAUGAAUCUUGGAGAAUAAAUUGGCCAGGAAUCAACUCUUGUGCUUCUGUUGUAGAAUUUUUAGAAAAACGUUCUCAGUUAAGUACUGGAAAUAUGAAUGAUGAUACUGGAAAUCCAUCACCCUGUAGCACUGGCUUAGUUGAGACAGAAUGCAAAAGCAUCAGUACUGUCCACUUAGCUAAUAAUUCAGUUCACGUGAACAACCUUAAAAAUAUGGUGGUUUUGGCUAUUCAUACAGGAAGAAUUUACUCCAUUCUAGAUGUAGUGAUUGACACAUCUGCUGAGAGUCCUUUUGAUGGAAGUGCUGAUGUUAACUCUUCUAAUUAUACAACCUUUGCUGAGUACUUCAAUAACAAGUAUGGGAUUGUACUAAUGUAUCCGGGACAGCCUCUGUUGCUGUUAAAGCAAAGUCAUAAUGCACAUAAUCUUCUUGUAAACUUUAACGAUGAAGGUGAUUCCUCAGGUGGUGAGGCAUUGCAAACUGGCCAGAAAAUGCUCAACGAGAAGGCUCAAACUCAUGUUCAUAUGCCACCUGAGCUUUUAGUCAGUAUUGAAGUACCAAUAACUGUCUUAAAAUCAUCUUACUUACUCCCAUCAUUGAUCCACCGUCUGGAGUCCUUGAUGUUAGCUAGCCAGCUUAGAGAAGAGAUUGCUUUUACUACUGGCUCUCAGAUCUCAAGCUCAUUGAUUCUGGAAGCAAUUACAACUCUUCGAUGCUCUGAAAGUUUUUCUAUGGAGCGUUUAGAAUUGCUUGGGGAUUCAGUGUUGAAGUAUGCUGUGAGCUGCCACCUCUUUCUCAAAUAUCCCAAGAAACAUGAAGGGCAAUUAUCUGCUAGACGCUCAUGGGUUGUUUGUAACUCAACCCUUCAUAAAUUGGGGACUGAUCGCAGUUUACAGGGCUAUAUAAGAGAUGGUGCAUUUGAUCCUCGUCGUUGGGUUGCUCCAGGACAGCGUUCUAUACGCCCUGUUCCUUGUUCAUGUGGGGUGGAUGCAUUGGAGGUGCCUUUAGACGGAAAAUUUCAAACUGAAGACACAAAAAUUGUGGUUGGAAAAUCCUGUGAUAGGGGUCAUAGAUGGAUGGGCUCAAAAACGAUAGCCGAUUGUGUUGAAGCCCUUAUAGGAGCAUACUAUGUUGGUGGUGGAUUAAAUGCUGCUCUUCAUUUGAUGAAAUGGUUUGGUAUUGAUGUUGAACUUGAGCCCUCAUUGGUAGAUGAAGCCAUUGCCACUGCAUCUCUCCGAACUUACAUUCCUAAAGCUAAUGAGAUUGAAAUCCUAGAGUCUAAGAUUGGGUAUGAAUUCUCUGUCAAGGGUCUGUUACUGGAGGCUAUAACACAUGCAACUGAGCAAGAACUUGGAGUUGGCUACUGCUACCAGCGGCUUGAAUUUCUUGGCGACUCUGUGCUGGAUGUGCUUAUUACAUGGCAUCUCUAUCAGAGCCACAGAGAUAUUGAUCCAGGGGAGUUGACUGACCUGCGAUCAGCUUCUGUUAAUAAUGAAAGUUUUGCCCAAGUUGCUGUAAGACGGAACCUUCAGCAGCAUCUUCAACAUUGCUCUGGUUUACUUUUAGGUCAAAUAAAAGAGUAUGCGAAGUAUCUUUCUGGUUCUGAUGAUGUCCCCAAUCCACUCCAGAGCACAAAAGGUCCUAAAGCUCUUGGAGACUUGGUGGAGAGUAUAGCAGGAGCAAUACUAAUUGAUACCAAGCUUAAUCUCAAUGAAGUGUGGAGAAUCUUUAAACCACUUUUAUCUCCAAUAGUAACCCCUGAUAAACUUGAGCUGCCUCCACUGCGUGAACUGAAUGAAUUAUGUGAUUCUCUCGGCUAUUUUAUAAAAGAAAAAUGUACGAAUAAGGGAGAACUGGUGCAUGCGGAGCUUAGAUUACAGAUGAUUGAUGUCCUAUUGGUUGGUGAGGGAUGUGGCCGGAACAAAAAGGCUGCAAAAGGUCAAGCUGCUGCUCAAUUGUUGAAAAACCUGGAGAAAAGAGGAAUUUCAUACUCCCGGAGUAAUUCCAAGAGGAGAAAACAGGGUGCAGACUUGGUUGGUGUUUCAUCGUCCCUGAACAUGGGUGGUGAUGCAUGUGGACAAUCCAAUAAUGAAGAUUCUUCAGAGUUGAUAAAAUUCCACAAAAAACAGAAGACAACAGGAAUGCAGUUGUGUACAAGAACUUCCAUUGCCAACAACUGUCUCGAGAAUGCUUGCAAACCGAAGCUCGACACCCCAGUCAUUAAAUCAAUAAACAUGAAGAAAGGAGGACCCCGCUCCUCUCUUUAUGAAUUAUGCAAACGACUACAGUGGCCAAUGCCCAGUUUUGAAUCAAAAGAACAAAGAUCAAGAUUCCCGAUUAUAUUUGGUGAAGGCUCUGAAAGAAGGGAAGGCUUUAACAGUUUCAUAUCCAGCAUCUCCUUGCAUAUACCCAAUUGCGGUGUCAUGGAAUGCCGGGGUGAUCAUAGAGCAGACAAGAAGAGUUCACUCGACUCUGCAGCCCUUGUCAUGCUUCAUGAGCUUCAACGACGGGGGAAGCUCAUCAUCCAUGAUUAAUAAGUCAUAACUAUUCUUUAAUCUUCUCUAACUAGAACAAACAUGAAAAUAUCAAAAGAAUAAGCCGACUACUAAAGUAGGAUGGUCACAAGCUUAUCAUGUCAACAUGAGGAUGGAGCCAUCUUAGUUUCCCUGUAUGUACACAUUGUGUCAGUGAAAGCCUGUGCAAUUUUCAAGUUUUCA